CUUCUUUUCCCCAGACUUGGACGGCGCCGCAGGGUUCAUCUCUUCCCUUCAAAAGUUCCCUUGCCAGUGACCCUGCAAACCUUUCAACUCAGUUCGUCGCUACAAUAAUCUAUUCCUACUAGAACUACGACUACUUAUUCUCUCCUCUUAUCAAUUGCUGUCCUACCACCAGACAUUCAUCCUUCCUCUAGCUUUAUCCUGUGCCAGUGGCCGUAUGCUGAGUUUACUGCCUCCUCAGACCCACGCCUAUCCUUGCAUACUAGCAUCCGUGUCGCAGCCACCAUCGUCGUCAACCUCCUCCUCUUCUUCCGCGUGCCUCGUGGUUGCGGGCCCAGGAUAGACUUUCUCCUGCCACUACAUCCGAGUCCUACCCGCCCGUAACUCGUGGCCUCCGAGUCCGUUCGGACCCCUUCGAACAGCGUCGCAUUCAUUAGUGCGCGUGCUGAAGCGGCACGAGAUUCGCGUAACUUGAGCACGGACAGGAAGCUGGUCACUGCUCCUCCAAUCGUUCGAGGACUCAGGCCCGACACCACGGGACUGCAGCACACUUGCGUCCGCAGUCUGCGCAUACUCCGCGCGAUUUCUUCCUUUUUCACUCGGCAUGGACUUGAUGGGAAUACAUAGAUAGACUCAGCGCCGGUCCUUCUAUCUCUGCCGCCAAUACUUCUUCAAAACCCCUCAAGUCUCGAUCAAGCACUUUCCACGCGCCGAGCAAACAUUCAUGUUCGUUCGGGCACAGUUCCACGACUAUACGCGUACUUUACUUUCGGUACCUUUACAUCAAGCGAGAGCAGUCAAGACGAGCGAACACCAUGGUGACUCCCAGGCGCCCUGCUACGUUCGAAAGUAGCCUGGACACUCCUCCAGCAACACCAGCAUCGAUGUCGGCUGACGAUUCCAAAACUCCAUCUACUCAUAUUGCCACCACAAUACCAACCCCGCCCACAUCUCCCCGAGCGAUUCGGAAAUCCGCGAACGAUUCCAACAACGAUACUCCUAUCUCUACGCCUCAGGCUCUAUCCUCGGCCUCACCUUACCACCAGAGGGGCGGGGCGCUGCGGCGCAUCAAGACCGACCUCCCUCAAAAUCAUACCCCUCCCACGGUAUUUCUGGUGCCCAGGUGUCCAUUUGAGGUUGAGAUCCUCAAGGAUGCGCGCGGGCGAGAUGCCAUCUUUGGCACCGGCGCCUGGAGCAUCGUCUACAAAGCCACCACGCGUCCCAAAUCCCACCAGUCGACGUCGGAAUCUCUGACACCACCGCAGUCCCCAACCGUGAGCACACCUGAACUUGUUGCCGUGAAGAAACCCAACCGGGGCGAUGCAACCAUUAUCCUCCGGAAUGAGGCCAAAGUCCUCGCAUAUUUGCACAGCAUGCCAGACAGCGAGCGGUACAUCGUCCCAUUCUGCGGCAUCAUGGAAGAGGCGACCUUGGUCCUCCAAGCCAUCCCUUUCUCGCUCGAAGGACACAUUCGCCAAUGUGCAUUCACCGCCUCCCGCAAUUUUUCGACUCGCACCAUGAACGAGCCUGUCAUCGGCAGCACUGCCAUAUGGCUACAGCUUGCUCACCGACUUGUGUCCGCGCUAACGUGGUUGCACUGCGUCGCCGGCGUUGUUCACGGCGACAUCAAACCCGGCAACAUUCUUCUGUCGAACAUGCAAGGAGAUGAAGCCGGUCAAAGCCAAAACCAAAUCAACGGCGAAGAUGUAAAGUUGACUUUCGACCCCCUCUUUGCAGACUUCUCGUCCGCGCAGCUCAUCAACGCCCAAGAACCCACGUCCAAUACUUUAUCGGCCGUGACGAGAGAGUACACUGCACCCGAACUUCUUAAAGCAAGCGUCCUACGGGAUCCCGAGUCGACAGCCACCACGGCAUCGGAUGUCUUCUCGCUUGCUGUGACUCUCCUCGUCGCUGCCAUGGGCCAGCUCCUCGUCUACCCUGGCAGCGUAUUUCAGCGCCAAUUAAUGGCCACCCAGGGCUGGAUGGUUCUCGACCAUGUCAGAAAUGGAGACCAGGGCAGCAGAGUGCCUAGGAACGGAGUCGUACAGAAGGUUCUCGAACAGGCAGUUCGAAAGGUCGAUGCGGGAAGAGUCGGUGCCCUGCAAUGGUUGGAUAUUGUCGAAAAGGCGAUCAGUGCUGAGUCUACGAAAGUUUGAUUCAUGAAUCGAAUCCCUGCACCUGAACCAUACAGAACAGGGGCUUUGAUGUUGUUACAACAUCCUCCAACCGGCUGAAGGAUGCGGCGAAAAUUUGGCCUUGCUUGUUGUGUCGCCUCAACGGAAGAAGAAGAAGAAGAAGGCUAUUCUGCUUGUUUGCGUGCUGUACAAGUAACUUCGAGACGAUCGCCCCGCAUGCGAUUCUGAUUGUCUGGAGCCAAAACGCUGCCGUUGUCCUUGCAUCGGACUUCGGGUUUCACGCACACCCCCGAACAGCUGUUCCCUUGCCAUUACCACCAGUUAAUGGAUGGCAUGGGUUUUCCUCUUCCCGCUGGUCCGGCUGGAUCCUUUUCUGAACAAUUUCGGGUUGGGGGAGGCUGGCGAAAAAUCCGAACUGCAGCUACGACUGCAACUCGCACCUGCUGGAGCCGAGCGGACUAGAGAUCAAACAAAUUCCGGGGACGGAAAAAGGCACGACUUGGACUACUAGUAGCAGCCAGUCACUCACUCCGUUUUGUCCAGAUGGCGAAAGUAUCACUUUCACUCUCACUCUGCAUACGACCCUAUCCACCUACCUACGCCGUCUUCUCAAGUGGCGGUGCAUGUGCACCACCAGCACUACAGUCCUGCUGGUAACGAUUUCGAUUUAGAAUUCGUUGCCUACCACUUUCCUUUCCAGCCACUGCAGUGGUUGGCCAUACUUGGGGUAAUGCAAAGCCUUAUGAUAAGCCCUGCCAAGUCCGGCAUAGGAUGGGAGAAGCAGCAAAAGACGGUUUUCUGCACUGACUGACGCUACCAUACCACGACAAUGCCCCCAGACUCACGAUGAUGAUGACGACGACUUGUAUUUCUACUCUUUUCGAUUCGAUUCUUGCGCUUUGGAUAUCUACUAGUGGGUUAUCCGUUGCAUCUUUUUCUCAAAGUGCUUUGUUCCCGGUUCAGAGUCCACAUCUGGAGGUUAUGGUUAUGGGAUUAACUUGUUGGACAAGUAGGGAUUUAUCUGUAUCCGUCACGGUUACGGUAUUUGGCAUCGGCAUCAUCAGCAUGGAUUAUGUCUGUUUCCAAAAAUGUAUUGUAUGAGGGAGGAUGAAUCAGAACUGUCUGCAUGGUCAUGCGGAGGGAGUUUGCAGCGCCUGCCGGGCCUGGCCGGGACAAUAUAUGAUAUCAUCCAGAAAUAUAUCUCACUUGUGAUGUGGACUAUGCAUUCAUUCCAGUUGUCCAAACCACGUCCUGUAACAUAUGACAACGAUGCGCAGGCAUACUGACUAGCACCUGAACAGCCUCGCUCGUUGACUACAUACCUAGGCAAGGUAAUAACCAGUUCAGCUCAACUGACAAAAUCCCUCCUCUCGACCGCACCGCCCAUACUCUCACAGAACUCGCCCAGCCUGGUGCCCCACUCGGCCAUGCGCUCCUCCAUGUACUUUGCAUUGUCCUUCUUGUUCUUCUUGGCCAGCAAUCCCUUCUGGGCCUCCCAGUCCCAGUACUCGCAGGUCUCGGCGCCGUCGCCGGCGACGAUGGGGCGGAUCUCGUGCACGCGCUGGGUCUGCAGCAAGAAUUUGGGACACGACUUGGUGUUGACCAGCGACCAGACGAGCCGAUACACGCCAGACUUGGACAGCGUGUGGGUAGGAGCGCGUGCGAUGACAUUGCCGCCGACAGCAGCAGCACCGUCUUCGCCCUCGAGCGGGUCGUCCGGCCGCGACACUUCGGUGACGACGACAUUCUGUUCGCGCGUCUCGUGGAGGUUCCGAGGUAUUUUCGUCCUCAUGUGCAAUAUCAUGCGUGUGCCCACUUGGAUCCGGACGCUCGGCUCGCCGUACAACGCGUUGAUGUGCAGCUGGCGCCGGAACGAGGCGCUCGGA